CGGCCGGAAGUGGAGAUGGCGGAGCUGUACGUGAAGCCGGGUAACAAGGAGCGCGGCUGGAACGAUCCGCCGCAGUUCUCUUACGGGCUGCAGACCCAGGCUGGCGGGUCCAAGCGCACACCGCUCACUAAGAGGGUCGCCGCUGCCCAGGAUGGAUCCCCCCGAGCCUCUGCCUCAGAGACCAUUCUGGGACCUCCCCCAAUGGGACCCCCACCUCUUUCAAAUAAGGCUCCUGGACCGCCACUUGUGGGGACUUCUCUAGUCUCCAGUACGGAUCCUGUAAAUUUCCAAGACACUGAGACUGAGCCUUUGCUAAAGGAUGUCUUGAGACCUUUGGAACAGGCAUUAGAGGACUGUCGUGGCUACAUGAGGAAGCAGGUAUGUGAUGACAUCAGCCGCCGCCUGGCACUGCUGCAGGAACAAUGGGCUGGAGGGAAGCUGUCCAUGCCAGUGAAGAAGAGGAUGGCUCUGCUGGUGCACGAGCUCUCCAGCCUCCAGUGGGAUGCAGCAGAUGAUAUCCACCGCUCACUCAUGGUCGACCAUGUGACUGAAGUCAGUCAGUGGAUGGUGGGAGUGAAAAGAUUAAUUGCAGAAAGGAAGAGUCUGUCUUCAGAGGAAGCCACUGAAGAGAAAUCCACAACUGAAGAGAACCAGACUGUACCAGUGUUCCUUGUUCCAUAA